AUGUUGGGUAUAAUGGAUACAUAUAAUGAAGAUGAUAUGCAUUAUCAAUAUGGAAAAACUGGAAAUAAUCAUAAUAAUUCAAUUCUUAUGAAUCGUAUACCAAAAAAAAUGCAAUCUCAACUUUCACAUCGUAUUUCACCUGGUGACCCAUGCCGUGUGUGUGGGUUUGAAAAAAAUACAGGCCGAAAUUUUGGUGUUAUUACUUGUUCAACAUGUAAAGCUUUUUUUCGACGAAACGGUCGAACAGGUUCCGCUUUACCACCUUGCCGUUUUGGUAGCCAAUGUCCAGUUAAUGAACGUACACGACGACAAUGUCCAACAUGUCGUUUAGCAAAAUGUUUUGCUGUUGGUAUGCAAAAAGAUUUAAUUCGAACAGAUGAAGAACGUGCUGCUCGUUUACAACUUGUUAAAGCAAAUCGUUUACAACGACAAGAAAAACUUCUAGCAGCAUCAUUAUCAUCUACGCCAGCAACAUCAUCACAAAAACAUAAUCGUCGUGUACCACAUGAUUUAUCUACAUUAAAUUUUAAUUCAACUGUUAAAUGUUCAACACCGUUAUCAUCAAAUGAUUGGAUACAAUUAACAAAUAUUCGUAGUGCAUAUGAACAUUAUUGUUUACAUCCAAUAUUACAAGCUGAAGAACAACGUGAAGAAUAUUUAAGUGGACAACCUAUUAAAUGUCGUUUAAAAGAACAUACAUUUAUGAAUGUAUUAACUGUACGUCUUACAUCAUUAGUAUCGUUUUUUCGUGCAACAAUUCCAUCAUUUUCAAUGGAUAUGAAUAGUAAUGAUCGUGCAUGGUUAGUACGUACAAAUUUACAUUACAUUUUAUUAUUUUCAUCUAUGGAUUUAAUGAGUAUAAAUAAUAAUAUAACGCAUUUUGAUCCAAAAAAAGCUUGCCAUGCUGUUUAUGUAUAUGUUUAUGGUCAAGAUUUAUUACUAAGAGCAGAAUAUUUAAUACAAAAAUUAAAACAUUUAAUUGGUUUUGAUCCUGCUAUAAGCAAAAUUGUUCAAAUUAUACUUUUUCUCACACCAUGUUUAGUAACAAAUUAUGAUUCAAAUUAUUAUUAUCAACCAUCUGAAAAAACAAUUUCCCAUAUAAUACAAGCACAAGAACAAUAUAUAAAUAUACUAUGGUCUUAUUUACUAUAUCGUUAUGGACAAAGUGAAGGACAAAAAUUAUUAACGACUAUUAUUGGACAAGUUCUAGAACAUCAAAAAUUUGGAGUUGAUGUAGAUAAAUCUUUAGUCGAACGACAACCAUUUGCUAAUCUUGUGUAUACAAUGUUAACUACAUUUUCGCUCAACUAA